AUGGCUGUCGGACCAUCAACGCGAGUGGCCUACCAUGAAGAUGCAGCAUUCCCCGGUGCCAAGGACGCUGCGGCUCAAAUGCUCAGCACUGUCGAUCAAUCCAAGGCCAUCAGCUACGCCACGCUCGAAGACGCCGUCGUCGCGGUCAAGAAGGACGACGCACAGUUUGCCGUCCUGCCCGUCGACUCCGCCACCUGCGGCAGCUGCUACGAAUCCUACGACCUCCUGAUCAAAUACAACCUGGCCGUCGUGGGCGAGUACGAACACUCGGCCAAAACCUCCGACGCACACAGAUUCUGGAUGGUGGCCAAGACGCCGGUGGAGCCCUCGCCCAAGACGGACCAGUGCAAAACGUCGCUCGCCUUCGCCUUUGCGUCGGGCAACGCGCACGGCCAGCUGCACCGUGCUCUUGGUCUGUUCGCAUCUCGCGAGAUCGACCUGAGCAAGAUCGAGAGCCGACCGUGGAGCAGCGCGCACCCGAGCGCCGGCAAGGCCGAGUUCAUCUUCUACGCGGACUUGAAAGCUCGCCAGAGCGAUGCGAAGGCUGUGGAGGCGAUUGCGGCGUUGAGGGCGAUGUGCUCGUAUGUUUGCGUACUUGGGUGCUACUCGAGCGGCGCGGUGGAGACGACGAAUGGUGCUCCAGAUGCUGUUCCGCAAGAGCUGACCAUGGCGCAGAAGUAUCCGUUGAGUCCCGUGUUUGAUAACACGACUAUCGCCAAAACCAUUGCAAUCUUUGGGGUAACGAAGGAAAUGGAGGCCUCGGGCAAGCUUGUGCACUCGCUGUGUGUUGGCGAACCUGACUUCCCGCCCCCGAAAGUUGCGAUGGACGCCGGCAUCAGGGCGCUUCAGCAGGGCCAAACCAAGUACUGCGAUAUGCGUGGCAUGGCUGGACUGCGUGAGAUCAUUUUACUGGCCAUGUAUCCGAACUUCAAGAUCAUUGUCGAGUACCUUCAGCGCACGAAAGGCGUCAAGUAUGACCCCGAUACCGAAAUCCAGAUCUGUAGCGGUGCCCAGCAAGCCCUCUACAACGCGAUGCUCGCAAUCUGCCGCCCACGUGACAAGAUCUUGCUGCCUUCGCCGUACUGGGGCAACUACGAGGGCUGCAUCACGCAGGUGAAGGCUGGCCUCGUUCGACUGCGCAACAAACUGGAGGAGGACUACCUCAUCAACCCGACGGAACUCGAGAAGACUCUGACCGCCAACACCAAGACGAAGAUGAUGAUCCUGUGUAACCCCAGCAAUCCGGCCGGCACGCUUCACAGCCCCGAACACCUGGAGAAGAUCGCUGCAGUCCUCCGCAAGCCGCAGUUCCAACACGUCGUUGUUAUCUCGGAUGAAAUCUACGAGCAACUGGCCUUCCAGGAUGAGGGAGCGGCUGAGCGCAAGCACGUCAGCUUUGCCGCGCUUCCGGGCAUGCACGAGCGUACAAUCCUCAUCAACGGCUUCUCCAAGGCGUUCGCAAUGACUGGUCUGCGCGUUGGCUACAUGGCCGGCCCCAAACACUUCAUUGAGCCCUGCCAACUCAUGCAGGGUCAGACCACGUCAUGCGCCAACAGCGUGGGUCAGAUCAUGGCCAUCGAAGCCAUGAAGCUGGAGCUGGAAACGAUCGAGCGGGGCGAGGUUCGUAUCGCCGAGGACCUUCACGAUCUUGAUCUGAAACGCCAGUACAUCGUGAAGCGCCUCCGAGCGAUCCCCAGCAUGCGCUUCGCGUACCCGACAGCGGCCUUCUACGUCUUCAUGGACUUGGCGCUGUACUUCGAAGGCAAGAAGGCGUACACGACCGGUAAGAGCGAGGUUCUCGACAAUGUCAACGAUUUCUUCGAGUACUUGAUCCCCGUAUGGACUCCGAAUUCGUACGCGGGUCCGAUGGACACGAUGGUGCACGCGAUGGAUGGGCUCGAGUUCGCGCUCAACGCGCUGACUUUCGAGUAA